AUACUGUAUAUGUGCAUCAGCUAGAGAGCGGGAGUGAGAGAAAGAGAAGAGAGUGGUGACCAAUAGGGAAAAACCGCCCAAGUUGAGGAAAUGGCGACACAGCCAAAGCCAUGGAAGGCGGAAUAUGCCAAGUCGUCGAGGUCUUCCUGCAAAUCAUGCAAGAAUACCAUCGAAAAGGAGACGUUUAGAUUGGGGAAAAUGGUCCAGGCUACCCAAUUCGAUGGCUUCAUGCCUAUGUGGCAUCACAGUCAUUGCAUACUAAAGAAAGCAAACCAGAUCAAAAGCCUUGAUGAUGUUGAAGGCAUAGACUUGCUUCGAUGGGAAGAUCAGCAGAAAAUAAGAAAGUACUUAGAGGGUGGUGCUACAUCCAGUACUACUGGAGGUGGUGGUGAUGAAUAUGGCGUGGAAGUUUCUCAGACUUCUCGUGCAACUUGCAAGCGCUGCAACCAGAAGAUUACAAAAGGAGAAUUGCGGAUAUCAACCAAGCCUGAUGGACAAGGUAUGAGGGGGCUGACAUGGCAACAUGCUAACUGUUUUAUGGAAACUUUCCCAUCUAUUGAAGUAGAGAAGUUGUCAGGGUGGGAUAAGCUUUCAUUUUCUGACCAAGAAGCUCUUCGUGCACUGAUUAAAAGGGAUGCAUCUGCUGCCAAAAAGGUUUCUAAAGAUGUGGUGGACGAGGAUAAAAAACUAGCGCAAUCUUCUACUUCCAGAGGUGGCACUAAACGUAAAAAAUAUGAUAGCAAUGAUCAGAAGUCAAAAAUCCUUAAAGUUGGAGAAGAUGUUUCCUUGGGCAGCCGCUCAACUGAAAGCAACAACACUGAGUUGGGGAAUCAAAAUUCAAAAACUUUUGAUCUAGAAAGUAAGUUGGAGGCUCAAAGUAAAGCAUUGUGGGCUAUAAAAGAUGAACUUAAAAAACAUGUUACGACAUCGGAGCUGCGAGCAAUGCUUGAAAUCAAUGGUCAAGAUUCAACAGGAUCGGAACUUGAUUUGCGAGAUUGUUGCGUUGAUGGAAUGAUGUUUGGAGCACUGGAUGGCUGCCCUAUUUGUUCUGGUUCUCUGCGCUACUCUGGAGGUGAGUACCGUUGCCAUGGCUAUCUAUCAGCAUGGAGCAAGUGUUCUUAUUCAACUGCUGAACCCAAGCGUAAGAAGGGUAAGUGGGAAAUACCCGAAGGAACCGACAAUCAAUAUCUUUGCAAGUGGUUCAAAUCACAAAAGGGAAAGAAACCUGUUCGGCUUCUGCCUCCACCAUCCAACAAAUCUUCUGGAAGUCAACCUGCCAAUGGCCUUGCUGGUUCAACAAAAGGAGAAAUGUUGGAGGACUUGAAAGUUGCUAUCGCUGGAAUAUCUAAGGAAUCCAUAGAGGAAAUGAAGAGCAAAUUUGUGGAAGCAGGUGGACUGAUCCAUGCAAAGAUCAAGAAAGACACAAACUGCUUGGUUGUGAGUGGCGGGCUGAAUGAUCAGGAUCCUGAGAUCCGAAAAGCAAGGAGGAUGAAAUUACCCAUUGUGAGGGAGGAUUAUCUGGUUGAUUGCCUUAAAAGGAAGAAGAAGCUUCCAUUUGAUCAGUACAAAAUUGAAGCUACUGGAGAGGCUUCAAGCAUGGUUACUGUGAAAGUCAAAGGGCAUAGUGCUGUACAUGAAGCUUCCGGUCUGCAGGAUUGUGGGCACAUCCUUGAGGAUGGGAAGAGCAUCUAUAAUACAACCUUAAACAUGUCUGACUUGUCUACCGGGAUUAACAGUUAUUAUAUCCUUCAAAUCAUUGAAGAGGACAAAGGAUCAGAAUGUUAUGUUUUCCGUAAGUGGGGCCGUGUUGGUAAUGAUAAAAUUGGUGGAAGCAAACUAGAAGAGAUGGCAAAGUCAGAGGCAAUCAAGGAAUUCAAACGUUUAUUCUUGGAGAAGACUGGGAAUACUUGGGAAGCAUGGGAACUGAAGGAAAAUUUCCAGAAACAACCUGGAAGAUUCUUUCCAUUAGACAUUGAUUAUGGUGUAAACAAACAAGUGUCGAAGAAGAAAAGUUCUAAUGAAGGAAAUAGUCAACUUGCUUCUCCUUUGGUAGAACUUAUGAAAAUGCUCUUCAAUGUGGAAACAUACAGGGCUGCCAUGAUGGAAUUUGAGAUCAAUAUGUCAGAAAUGCCACUUGGAAAGCUAAGCAAAAGUAACAUCCAGAAAGGUUUUGAGGCAUUAACAGAGAUACAGAAUCUAUUAGAAAGUAGUAACCAUGAUCCUUUUAAAGAGAGCAUACUCAUUGAUGCAAGCAAUCGCUUUUUUACGGUGAUCCCUUCAAUUCAUCCACAUGUCAUCAGGGAUGAAGAUGACUUUAAGUCAAAGGUGAAAAUGUUAGAAGCACUUCAAGAUAUUGAAAUAGCUUCCAGACUAGUUGGCUUUGAUGUUGAUAAUGAUGAGUCUCUCGAUGAGAAAUAUAUGAAGCUUAGGUGCAAUAUUACUCCACUGCCUCACGAUAGUGAAGAUUAUUGGUUGGUUGAAAAAUAUCUACUCACUACUCAUGCAUCAACACACAAGGAUUGGACCCUUGAACUGGAAGAUGUUUUUACGCUUGAAAGAGAAGGAGAAUUUGAUAAGUAUGCACCCUACAGAGAGAAACUUCAAAAUAAAAUGCUCUUGUGGCAUGGUUCCCGGCUGACAAAUUUUGUGGGUAUCCUUAGCCAAGGACUGCGAAUAGCACCCCCAGAAGCUCCUGCAACUGGCUAUAUGUUUGGCAAAGGGAUUUACUUCGCUGACCUGGUGAGCAAAAGCGCUCAGUACUGCUUUACUGAUAGAAAAAAUCCAGUUGGUUUAAUGCUUCUGAGUGAAGUGGCUUUGGGAGAGGUCUACAAACUCAAGAAAGCAUCGUAUAUUGAGAAACCUCCACAAGGAAAGCAUUCAACCAAGGGACUUGGCAAGAUGAAACCUCAGGAAUCAGAUUAUGUGAAAUGGCGAGAUGAAGUGGUUGUACCUUGUGGGAAACCUGUCCCAUCGAACGUCAAGUCUUCUGAGCUAAUGUAUAACGAAUAUAUUGUCUAUGAUACAUCUCAGGUUAAGCUGCAGUUCUUGUUGAAGGUGAGGUUUCACCACAAGAGAGCAGGAAACUAAGGUAAGUGAUGUUUGCUCCUUCCCAGGUUUUUGCCUUGUAUAGGUAAUGGUACCUUUUCAUUUUGCUGCUUGGGUUUUGUGUUCUUGAAAAUAGCGAGCAUCUUAGUGUUGAUAGGAUCUCAUUUUGGGAGGCCUCUGGAGCUGGAGAUCUAUCAAAACUCUGUUUUAUGGGUAAUUGUGAAGCACAAUUCAUGUAAUUAUGUAUUCUUGGCUCUUCAGGGAAUGGAGAUGGAAUUAGAUACUUUGUUUAA